UUACGAUACUCACUCACCCGCCACAGUCUUCGAGCCAUUGCAAUCUCCCUCCAGCUUCCAAGGCACGGAAGCAGCCGGCGAUCUUCGACUAAGACGAACUGAACGAGCUCGGUCGAACGGUGAACUUGAUAGUAGAGUGAGCGUUUUUGCCUGUUGCGCUCCCUCUUGAACUCCAUAAUGGCGGAUAUUAGAAAAUGGUUCAUGAAAGCGCACGAUAAAGACAAUGGCAGUGCGUCAAAGCAUGCAAAACCUGAUUCAAGCAGUAAUGAGAAAUCCGCCGCAGCUGAACUACAGUCCGGAAAAGCAGAGCUAAGUGGUGGGGAAAGUACUGGCAGAAGGAUAACUAGCAAGUAUUUUGCCUCAGAAAAGCAGAAGUCUAAGGAUACAACAGAAACAGAGGAACUCCCUAUCAAACGGAAGUCUCCACAGGAUGCUAAGGAGUCACCAGCCAAAAGAAGGUCCCAAAAGGAUAGUAAGGAAUCAUUGAAAGUUCCACCCCUACAAAAAUUAAACAAAAUUGAUGACAAUGAUGAUGAUGCUGUUAUUUCAAGUUCUAGAAAGAACUUGUCUGAUGUCACUCCCAAUAAAAAGUUGAAGAGUGGUUCUGGAAAGGGAAUUACACAGAAACCGGUAAAAAUUGAAGAGAGUGAUGAUGAGGAAGCUGAGGGCACUGAGUCUUCUCGGAAGCAGCCUAGUGGAAGGGGUAGGGGGGGCAGAGGUUCAUCUGCUGCAACCGUUGGUGGUAGAGGCAGAGGUGGUGGGCGGGGUGGAUUUAUGAAUUUUGGGGAAAGGAAAGAUCCUCCACACAAAGGAGAAAAGGAAGUCCCUGAAGGAGCUCCUGACUGUUUAGCCGGUUUAACUUUUGUAAUCAGUGGAACCCUUGACAGUUUGGAACGAGAAGAAGCAGAAGAUUUGAUUAAACGCCAUGGUGGUAGAAUAACUGGAUCCAUCAGCAAAAAAACAAAUUAUCUACUAUGUGAUGAAGAUAUUGGUGGCCGAAAAUCUUCCAAAGCGAAAGAGCUGGGAACUGCUUUUCUCACUGAGGAUGGCUUAUUUGACAUUAUCCGUGCAUCAGGCACAAAAGCUCCUCCAAGGCAAGAUUCUAAAAAAUCUGUGGUUAAGUCCGUGGAAUCUCCAACAGGGAAAAGUUCCCUGAAAGUACAAGCAAAGACAUGCAAAGAUUUGUCUGCUGGUGCUGGUGCUUCACCUGCUAAGCAAAAACGCCGAACAGUUGAAUUUUCUUCCCUAACAUGGACAGAAAAAUAUAAGCCAAAGGUUCCAAAUGACAUUAUAGGGAAUCAGUCGCUGGUCAAACAACUUCAUGAUUGGUUGGCACAUUGGAACGAGAACUUCCUUGAUGGUGGAAGCAAAAAGAAGGGUAAAAAGCUCAAUGAUUCUGGUGCCAAAAAAGCAAUCUUGUUAUGUGGAGGUCCUGGCAUAGGUAAAACUACAUCGGCUAAGUUGGUCAGCCGGAUGCUUGGUUAUGAGGCUAUAGAGGUAAAUGCCAGUGACAAUCGGGGUAAAUCAGAUGCAAAAAUUCAAAAGGGAAUCAGCGGAAGCAAUGCAAAUACUAUAAAGGAGCUUAUCAGCAAUUCAUCUUUGCAUUUCAGAACGAAUCAGCCAAAACAUCCCAAAACUGUGUUGAUUAUGGAUGAAGUAGAUGGAAUGUCUGCUGGAGAUAGGGGUGGAGUCGCUGAUCUUAUUGCAAGCAUUAAAAGCUCCAAAAUUCCAAUUAUCUGCAUCUGUAAUGACCGCUACAGCCAGAAGUUGAAAAGCCUUGUGAACUAUUGUCUGAUUCUCAGUUUUAGAAAACCUACAAAACAACAGAUGGCAAAAAGAUUGAGUCAAGUUGCAAAUGCAGAAGGACUUCAAGUUAAUGAGAUUGCUCUUGAGGAACUUGCAGAAAGAGUGAAUGGGGAUAUACGUAUGGCACUAAAUCAGUUGCAGUACCUGAGUCUGUCAAUGUCUGUUAUUAAAUAUGAUGAUAUUCGCCAACGACUUCUGGGCAGUAUGAAAGAUGAAGACAUCUCGCCGUUCACUGCUGUUGAUAAGCUGUUUGGUUUUAAUUCUGGGAAGUUGAGGAUGGAUGAACGUAUAGACCUCAGUAUGAGUGAUAUGGAUCUAGUCCCUCUUCUUAUUCAGGAAAAUUAUAUUAAUUAUAGACCAAGCUCUGUUAGUAAGGAUGACAAUGGGAUCAAACGGAUGGAUUUGAUGGCCCGUGCAGCUGAAUCUAUUGCAGAUGGGGAUAUAAUCAAUGUACAGAUUCGAAGGCAUCGACAGUGGCAACUCUCUCAAAGUAGCUCAAUUGCUUCUUGUGUAAUCCCAGCUUCAUUAUUGCAUGGGCAAAGAGAAACGCUUGAGCAGGGAGAGCGUAAUUUUAAUAGAUUUAGUGCAUGGCUGGGAAAAAAUUCUACUUUUGGAAAAAAUAUGCGGCUUUUGGAGGAUUUGCAUGUUCACAUUCUUGCUUCUCGCGAGUCCUGUUCUAGGAGGGAACACCUACGAGUUGAGAACCUUACCCUAUUUCUGAAGAGGUUGACUGAACCACUGCACACGCUGCCUAAGGAUGAAGCUGUUAAAAUGGUUGUAGAUUUUAUGAGUCUAUAUUCGAUCAGUCAAGAGGAUUUUGAUACUGUUAUGGAGUUGUCAAAAUUUCAGGGUCGUAAGAAUCCAUUGGAUGGCGUGGCCCCUGCUGUCAAAGCUGCUCUAACAAAGGCAUAUAAAGAAGCAAGAAAGACACAGAUGGUGCGGACUGCAGACCUCAUUACACUUCCUGGAAUUAAAAAGGCCCCUAAGAAGCGAAUUGCAGCAAUGCUAGAACCGGCUGAGGAUACAGUCGAGGGCAAUGGUGGAGACGCGUUGGCAGAAAGUGACGAUGAGAACUCUUUGGACAACGACGACACAGAAGACUCAACAAACGCUGAGAAGAAGCUGCAACUGGAACUUCAAAACUUGAAGAAGGAAGGAAUGGAAGUGCAGCUAGAUUUGAAAGGUGUGGAGAAUUCAAACGCCAAGAAACCUGGUGGCAGAGGAAGAGGAGGUGGUUCCCAGGCUUCAGAGAAGAAAGGUGGGGGGCGAGGUUCAGGAUCUGCCACAAAGAGGAAAAGAUGAAAUUAAACGCUCUUCUAGGACUUCUUCUGGUAAUGUUAUGAUGAUGUGUGUAGCGUUUUCCUUCGUCCCAUGCAUGCAUAACUUUUGCUGGUUAAUGUGUUUGAACCGCUAGAGGAAUUCAUAACCUUGUAUCUGCUGCAUUGGGCCUUUUUGUCGUAUAACAUAAACGCUUUUGUAUCAGCCAUUUUGGCUUUUAGACCAAUAGGGUUGGAAAUUCCUGAUUGUUCAAA